UCUUCCUUUGCGUCUGUGUCCCUCCGUGCUCCUUCUUCUCGUCCUCCUCACCUUUACCCCACGUUUCGUCGAUCUACCAUCUUCUUCCUCCCUCGGACUCUUCUUUACGUCCCUUCUCCUAUCUUCCUCUCCUGUCUCGUUUGACGUUCUUUUUUUUCUACCCGCUUUUCCUCGCCCUCUACCUGCUCCCCCCCUUCCGCCCGGGUUUGGUUGAUGGGUGUUAGUCUUGGACUGUGAUCGCCGUCUUGUCCAGUCGUCGUACCGUUGCACAGCUUCGUCACUCACAAUGUCAAGUCGCCAACAGAUUGACUCCGUCAUCGAUGAUGACGACGAGUUCUGCCCCCUUUGCAUCGAAGAAUUCGAUCUUUCGGAUAAGAACUUCAAGCCUUGCCCCUGUGGGUAUCAGAUUUGUCAAUUCUGCUACAACAACAUCAAAACCCACAGCGAAGAAGGCCGGUGCCCCAACUGCCGACGGGUCUACGAUGAGAGCACCAUACAAUACAAGGUUCCCGAUGCCGACGAAUUCAAAGCCGACCUGGCCUUGAAACAUCGCAAGGCUGCCGCAGCGAAGAAGAAGGAGGCUGAGAAACGUGAAAUCGAGGCUUCCAGUCGCAAGAAUCUUGCCGGUGUCCGCGUCGUCCAGAAGAACCUGGUUUACGUGAUCGGGCUCAACCCCACAAUACGUGACGAGAACCAACUCCUCCUGACUUUGCGCGGUCGAGACUACUUCGGUCAAUACGGUGACAUCGAGAAGAUCGUUGUGAGCAAGGCAAAGCCUGGUGGCAACCCGAACCAGGGCAUUGGUGUCUACGUCACUUACGCCAGGAAGGCCGACGCAGCCACUUGCAUAGCAGCUGUGGAUGGGUCAGCCAACGGUGACCGGGUGCUACGUGCCCAAUAUGGUACGACCAAGUAUUGUUCUUCCUUCCUGCGUAACGAGCAAUGUCAUAAUCGAAACUGCACCUUCCUGCAUGAGACUGGUGAGGACAGCGACAGUUACAGCCGGCAGGAUCUCUCUUCGAUGAACACCUUGUCGAGUCAGCGUAUCAACGGUGUCCCCAGCGGUCCCACCCACUCGAUUCCUCCGCACGUUGCCCGGUCUUCCGCUCAACCGAUUUCGCAACCAAUGCGCCGUCAGCCUAGUAGGGAUGACGCUGCUGGUAGCCGGCCACCUGAUGGGUCUGCCCUGCCAUCGUCGGCAAGUUGGGCGAACAAGGACGCCGUGCUCAGCAGGACGAGACGAGCAAGUUUGACCGGCAGCCAGGCCUCGCAAAGUCCCCGACCCGCCAUCGCCACGGUGUCGCCCGCGGUGGAGGAGGCGAAACGCGUGGAGAAGCAGUCUACGAAUGCGCAAGAGCGUGCUCAGGCACAGGCUCAGGUACAGGCCCAAGCCCAAGCCCAGGCCCAGGCCCAGGCCCAAGCUCAAGCUCAAGCUCAGGCACAGGCGCAGGUGCAAGCACAACCGUCCCCCUCUCCUGAAGCACGAUCCUCGCCGUCCAGUUCCCCGCCGACUGUUCAGACGCCACCCAAGCCGGAGACGCCUCUGUUGGAUAACUUGGUCAAGGCUGUCAACUCUCCAGACUUCAAGUUCAUUUUCUCGGCGGCUGGUCUGCCUGCGGAGGAGGUUGCCCUUAUUGAGAACCACCCUUCAUUCAUCGAUCCUUAUGGUGGUGUGAAACGCCGAGCUAUGCGUGAGAAGGCGGAGCAGGAGCGUGUCCGGCGGGAGCAGGAGCUACUGCAGUCAGCUGCUGCGGAAGAAGAGAGCCGUGAGAGCGGAAGCCUGCAGCUCGGUGGCGAGCCGGAUGACGCAGUGCCUCCGAGAGGCCGUAGUGGUCGCGAAUCUCAUGGUGCUAUUCAACCUCCCUCCCAGCAGGGCACGACGACAAACUCCGCGGUUGGCUCCCCCGUCUCGGCAACCAGUCACCAGUUCCAGCAGCUUAACCUGGCAGGCCGUAGCUUGACCCCUCUGCAGCAACAGCAGUUGCUUCUCUUGAAGUCUGCCGGCAACCAACAGGCUGGCCUGGUUGAUCAGCUGCAGGGUGGACUCAACUCCGCUGCUCUUGACCAAGCAGCUCAGGUCCGUCAGGGUCUACUCCAGAGCCAGAUGGCACAGUUCAAUGCUCUGCAGGCUCAAAGUCGCCAGAACUCUCGUUUCACCUUCGCCAAUGAGGCCAAUGCCAAGAACAUUCCUAAUGUGCGCAUGUUGAGCCAAAUGCAGGCUGGUACUCCUAACCCGCUCGCAGCCCCUAGUCCUCAACAUGGUCUUGCUGGCAACUACUUCACUAGUGGCGUGCAGGGUCCACCCCCCGGGUUGAAGACGGCGGGUACUCCGCCUAUCAGCGGCGGCGGCAUGUUUGCACAGGGUCACGGUUUCACAACGAAUGCCAAUGUCGGUUUGGGAUCCAAUCUCGGAAAGCAAGAAGCCAAUCCAGAGUUGAUGCGUGAGCUGCUGAGAGGCCGCAGUAGCGCAAAUGCCGGUGGUUUGCAGGGUCAAGAGGCCGCUAAGCGUGAGUUCAUGUUUCCUUUCCUCCAACAGCACCAAACUCCCCCUCCCCUGACUCCCGGCAAUGGCCUUCUCAGCUCUUUCUAUGGUGCUCAGGCGGGAAAUUAUUCCGAGUCUGGUCCACAGAAGCAGAAGAAGAAGGGGAAGAAGCACAGACACGCUAACACUUCCUCCGGUGGAGGCGGUGUAGUAGAUCUUGCGGACCCGAGCAUCCUACAGGCGAGGAUGCACCAGGUUGGUGCGAAUGCUGCCGCCGCCGCUGCUGCUGGGCAGGCGUUGUACGGGAGUCAGGGUCAAGGUGGGUACAAUCAGGCCAUGAUGUAUGGCAGCGGCUUCAACCGCUGGUGAUUGUUUGCCCCCCUUUCUCAUAAUUCAUUAAUAACCCUCCCUCGCCCUUCACUUCUAUCCCUGUUGUUUAUGAUGACUACCCUUUCUGCAUUUUGUUUCUUUUUGCCCAUGCUUCUUUUUCUGUCUCCCUUUUUAUUUGAUGACAUGAUAUCAUAUUUCUCUAGAUGGGCGUGGGAUAUGAUUCUUAUGUUUCAGUUUUCCGGACUCAUUGAUUCGAUGUUGAAAACUUUGCGACAUAUUUCCACUCUGCAACGAAAGCAUUAAGCAAACGGCUCUUGAAAACAACAAGAAUUCGGGCUAGGCGUG